AUGGCUGCCGAGCAAAAGUCUGCGGUUAUCCCGCCCAAGCAGGCGAAGACCGAUUAUCCGCUCAUUGAUUCUGACCCGCACAUUCGCCGAGUGUUUGGAUACGCGAGACCGUCCGACUAUGCUGUUGCUGGUGGGCUGGGUGCGGCUUCUCCUCUUGCGUUCUGGGUUAUGGAGAGAGUGAGCCCGUCGCACGUUGGGCGGGGAGGCUUCGCACCCGUGAUGCGCCUGGCAACGGCAGUUGGUAUUAUUGGAGGUCUCCACAUCCUCUACCAGAGGUCUUGCAACCGCUUCUAUGGCUUUACGGAGAACACGAGAGAGGUGGAAAUGGAUAUGCGGGAGAUGGUUGACAAGGUUAAAAAGGGCGAGCCUCUAUACGGCACUUCACAAGUAUCCCCAUACUUGCAGGGGGUAGCUGCUCAGAACUCGCGCUAUGCGCAGCUAUUCUCUCACAUCAUCCCGUGGCCCAACCUGGUCAACCAUGACCGACACGGUGUCGAUACCGCCAAAUACUACCAGCAAGCGGAGAGGGAACUUGAGGCUGAGCGUCUCUCAAAACUCGGGUCUCCUUGA